AUGGGCGUCAAGAGGUUCAGCGGGGCGCCCUUCGGGGUGCAGAGCCACAGGUUUGAUGUCUCCGCCGUAUACCCCAACCGGAAGAAAUUCAGCACUUUUACAGAGGCCCCAUACUCCAGGCUUUACUCUGUGGACCUGUCCCACAUAGGACCUGGGACCUAUGGCUACAAGGAGACCUGCUUUAGCAAGAAGAAGCUCAGAGAGGAGGUGGGCACAGGCUGGGCCCGGGCCCAGGAAGCCAUCCGGCUGACCCAGCUGCCCCACUUUCAGUACCAGGCCAUCAUGAAGGAGAAGCAGCUGCAGAAGGAGAAGCUGGGGCCUGGCUCCUACAACCUCAAAGACUUCUUAGAACAGCUGCAGGAGAAGCCGUGCAGCACCCGGGGGCUGCUCAGCUCAGGGGAGAUUCGCUUCCGAGGACUCAUUGGGAACUACUAUCCAGGCCCUGGAAAUUAUGGGGUGAAGGGCAACCCAUACACAAAGCUGGAAGAGAAAGCCUGGAACCAUUCUCAUUCUGAGGGCCUCAUGUGCAGGAUGACCAACAAGCCGUCCCCCCUGUCUCAUCAGGGGAGUGGUCUGGCUCCAGGCACCUACUCUCUCAAAAGUGGCAUUGAGGCAUACCUGGCACAAUCCAUGGGCACCCGUGGGCUUUACGACACUUUCUCCGGUGACCGAAGCAAGCCCCAGCCUUACGGACAUUACUCUGUGCAGAAAAAAAAGCCCAGGGAACUGAUGAAUUUUACGAGCUUCGUGGAAGAACUUAACUCCUGUCACAAUAAGAAGCGCGGGGUUUUUUCGAAAAUUUCUCGCAACCCAGAAACCCCUACAGAAAGGAUUUACUGGGCCACCCUCAGCCAGUGCCCCCGGAAACUGGCCACGUCUGGGCCUGGUUCGUGGCUCCCUCCAGAGAAGGAAUGCAAGCACAUCAACCAGCCACCAUUCCUGCUGUCUUCCAAGCGGAUGGGCAUAAAGACCUACCAGAUGAUUCUGGGAAGCUGGAACCCUGUGGGUGUGGGCCACUACCUCAACACCUGGCUGGCAGAAACCAAGGACCGUCGGCAGCGAUAUCGGUCCCUGUUUCUGGGUGGAUCCAAGCGCUACCUCUCAGACCUGGCCAGGGACAGGCUCAUGCAGGAAAGGAUCACACCUUUUACUAAGGGAAGGUGUCCUCCAACAGUGGAUUACAAUUCAGAUUCUACUUCUUAA